AUGUCACACACAAAGCCUAUACCCACCUUAAUCAAGAAGCUUACGUCGAAAAAAUCUGUCAAGGAUGCCUCCUCUCUACUUAGAACCAUCGAUCUCUGUAUUACAGCUAUCAAUGCAGUGGAGUCAAACCGAGAGUUGGCAGACCAAAAAAUCCUUGAGUUUCAGAUGCUUCAAAAAUCCAUCACCGAGCACAUUAACACUCUGUCAAAAAAGAUCAGGCCAGCCCAGGUCAAAGACUAUGCAAACAAAUACAACAGACUCCUGACGAAUUAUGGUGAAAGAACUGUGACGAAGAAAGACAUUAUCCUUACGGCCAUUGGGCACCUAUGGUUUGGUCCCGGACAACUCAUCUUGCCGGACUCUAGUACCCCUUCCGUAGACGAAUCCGCCAGAGAAGAGGUUGAGGAUAUGGUUGUUGAUGCGCUAUUAAGGAGUGAACCAUGUGACAAUUCGUCUGAAGGAUCUGGAGAGGUGGGUCAACUAGUGUCAAAUGCUACCUAUCUCCAUGCGAUCUGUUGGUAUGGAGUAAGCUCACCGCCUUUCUUCCAGGAGGCGGACGCAAUCAUUAGACAGAGCUUAGAGUCGGUAGAGAGAUUUUCUAAUGGUUUACGCCAUCGCAUUGUCUCCUUAGAACCAUCCUCGCCAAUCUUUCUUGAGCACUUGAACAAUGCCCUCGCCGCAUUAGGGUAUGAAAGUGAGGAAUCAGGUACUCACGACAACAUUGAAAUUAGUUCUGCAAUUAGUGAGAAUUCUUCUGCUGUCGCCCGGGAAGAAUGUGAUGGCGCGCCAGCAAGAGACGGCGCUCAGAACGCCAUUGCGGACUCACAGUCUAUCAGCGAAGAGGGCAGCAUAUUUCUUCAUAUUGGCUCCUCCAUCAGCGAAACCUCUUCUCUUGGGUAG